AUGCUGCCAAGAGUUAAGAAUGAGGAGUCUGAGGGGGAGGGUGUUGAUAGCACCCUGGAGGAGAAGAAGGACAAGAAGCGCAAGUCCACUGGGGACCAGGGCGGUCGUGAGCCCAUUAAGUGCUAUAACUGUCAAGGUAUUGGGCACAAGGCCCACCAAUGCCCUGAGCGUGAGAAGCGGCGCCAAGCUGAUCGGGCUGAUGGCUUUCAGCUGGCCAGCGUGGCCACCAACCCCCGACUGGAUGCAUUGGAGCGGCGCGUUGAGGAGCAAGAGAAGAGCAUUUUGGCUCUUGAGAACAAGCUCAAGAAGGAGAAGAAGGAGAAGAAGCAGACCGAGGACAAGGUCAAGAAGCUCGAGAAGGAGGUGGCUCGGCUGGAUGAGACCAUCGUCCACAUAGAAGAGUUCCUCGCGACUCUUCCCGCCCCGCCUACCACCGAGUAG